AUGUUGUACGAACUCAUAGGAAUUGUGCGACCGGGCUCCCUCGCCGAGGUGAAAGAAAUCGCCCUCACCGCCGGUCAAAUCGUCCUCCGCAACGGCGGCGUCAUCCGCGGCAUUUCCAACUGGGGCGUCUUCACCCUCCCGCGCCCCGUCGCAAAGGCCCAGAUGAAGCACAAGGCGGGCCACUACUUUGUCAUGCGCUACGACGCCUCAUCUGCCACCCACAACGACAUGCGCACCACCAUCAACCUCGACCCCCGCGUCAUCCGCACUGCCCACGUCAAGCUCGGCGACGGCAAGCUCGAGACCAUGGCCCGCUUCGGAGACGUCAAGUGGGAUCAAUGA